UAGAAACGGUGGGUGCCGAUUAUUUACAAAUGAGCAUCAGCACUGUUCCUUCCAUCUCAUUCUCUCUCCAAUCGUCAGAAAGAUACCAGAUUCUUGAAUAAUUCCUUGUCAUCCCGUCAAUUGGAAUCGCUGUUUCGUACACGCACGCGCGCACACAUAUAUACAAACGCACGCUUCUUCUCCAAUAAUUCCUUGGUUCUGGUCUUCUGUCGGUGUUUUCGCUCUGAUCUUUCUUUCUUUCCUUCUUUCCAUGGAGAACAACGACAACAAUCUCGACGUCAACAAACCGGACACCAACCACAACAACCGCGAUGGCCAAGAACAUGAAGGCAACCCUAAUCAUGUGAAUGUUGAGGGGAUGCAACAACAACAGGAACAUGAAGAAGAAGAAGAGGGAAGUGAAUCCGACUUGGAACCUCAGCCACCUCAGCCCUCCAGAACCCCCUUUACUAAUCUCAGUCAGGUCGAUGCUGACCUCGCUCUCGCUCGUGCCCUUCAAGAACAGGAAAGGGCAUAUAUGAUGCUGCGAAUGAAUAAUGAAGGGAGUGAUUAUGGAAGUUGGGAAGGCGGAAGCUAUGUGCUUGAUGAUGACAGUGAUGGGGACGAUGAUGAUGAUGACGAGGAGGAUGGUGAGGAGAGAUAUGAUGGAAGCAAUGUUGAUGAUGAUGAGGAUGCUUUUGAUGUGCAUGCCCAUGAUGAGGCUGGAGAGAAUAAUAACCCCAGCAUUGAAUUUGAUCCGGCUGCCUUUUCGAGUGACGAGGCCUAUGCAAGAGCCCUACAGGAUGCUGAAGACAGAGAAAUGGCUGCUAGGUUGUUGGCCCUUGCAGGGAUAAAUGAUGUGGAAGCUGAGGACAUGGAGGAUCAUGGUGGUAACUCCCAGGACACAUGGGAGGAGGUUGAUCCUGACGAGCUUUCCUAUGAGGAGUUGAUUGCGCUUGGUGAAGUAGUUGGAACGGAGAGCAGAGGGCUUUCAGCUGAUACGAUUGCCUCUUUGCCUUCAGUAAAUUACAAGUCUGGAAGCAGUCAAAAUGGAAGCAAUGAUUCGUGUGUCAUUUGCCGCCUGGACUAUGAGGAUGGUGAAACCUUAACGGUGCUUUCUUGCAAACAUUCCUAUCAUUCUGAAUGCAUAAACAAUUGGUUGAAAAUAAACAAGUUAGGAGCCACGACAGUCUGUCUGCUGCAACAUGACUUGCCCUGUGAAUGCAGGUCUGCCCUGUUUGCAGUGCUGAGGUUUCCAUAACCGGCAACAACUUGUUGGAGUCGAAGACUACACGCAUUGGUUAACACAACUUUGGUCAUAGCACUUGUUUAAUUGUGCUUAAAGUUGUCCCUUGGCAUUGGAAAGAAGACGUGUGCCUAGUUGUAUCCAUGUCUCCAAGUGAAAUUACCCAGUUGAAAAUGGUUUUCUAUACUUAUGACACAUGGCGAAUCUUUGAGGGUUACCUCUGAUUGAACAUGGUUCAGUUAUACAAAUGGCUAAACAGCAUACAUGAAUGAUUGUGGCCUUGAUUGAAAAGAAUUGAUGGAAUAAGCAUUAUGUUGCUCCA